AUGUGGCUCAAAAGUCAUAUUUUGCUCUUGUAUUGCAUUGCAAGUGAAGUUUGGAUGGCAAAGCAGCUUGACUCUAGAAGAAAUUUCCCCCGAGGACUUUACUCUGUUGAAGACAGUGGUUCUGCGAAGUGGAACAGGCUAAAAAGGAGUCUGUAUCAGGGAAGGUCCUGCAGGAUACGAGGCUGCUGCACAGGAAGAGAUGAUGACUGCAGCUUUAACAUUGUCUCCAAAGCAGCUAUAUGUUACUGUGACCAGUUCUGUGUCUCAGGUUCUCCUGGCCCUGUGGACUGUUGUGCUGACUACUGGGAUGUCUGUGACCACCCCAUUGAGCCCACCAGGUCAGAUGAGCCUUGGCCACCUCCAGCAUCAGGUUGUUAUAAAGAUGGCCGAUAUUACGGAGAAGGAGCAAUAAUUAAAGACAACUGCAAUUCCUGCAAAUGCUUCCAAAGUCUCUGGAAGUGUUCAAAAGAAGUAUGCCUAGUUCGCCAAGACUUAAUUCAGCACAUCAAUUCUGGAGAUUAUGGAUGGAAAGCUGACAACUACAGUCAAUUCUGGGGAAUGACAGUGGAAGAAGGUUUCAAAAAGCGCCUGGGCACCUUCCCUCCAUCUCAUUCCUUGCUGAAUAUGAGAGAAGCUCCAGGAAACUCACUUCCAGAAGAAAAAUUUCCUGCAUUUUUUGCAGCCACUUAUGCAUGGCCUGAGUGGAUUCAUGAUCCUCUGGAUCAACGAAACUGUGGAGCUUCCUGGGCUUUUUCAACAGCAAGUGUGGCAGCAGAUAGAAUAGCAAUUCACUCUGAGGGUCAGAUCACAGACAACCUUUCCGCUCAGAAUUUGAUCUCUUGUGAUACCAGGAAUCAACAUGGAUGUAACGGUGGAAGUAUUGAUGGUGCGUGGAGAUAUCUGAAAACACAUGGGGUUGUAUCCUACGCUUGUUAUCCAUCAUUUUGGAACGAACACCUGGAGCCAUCAGGUGAAAAUCACUGUUAUGUGUCAAGUGAAUAUGGAAAAAACUAUACAAAUGGGCCGUGUCCCAAUGCUUUAGAAGAAUCCAAUCGGUUAUACCGGUGUGCCUCUCACUACAGGGUCUCCUCAAAAGAAACGGAUAUAAUGAAAGAAAUCAUGGACAAAGGACCAGUGCAAGCUAUAAUGAAAGUAUAUGAAGAUUUUUUCCUUUACAAAGAAGGAAUCUAUAGACACUCCCAGAAAGCAGGAUCUAAAUGGAAAACUCAUUCAGUCAAACUCCUUGGGUGGGGAGCAUUAGCUGACAAAAAUGGACAGAAACAGAAGUACUGGAUUGCUGCAAAUUCCUGGGGAAAAUCUUGGGGAGAAAAUGGUUAUUUUAGGAUUCUACGUGGAGAAAAUGAGUGUGAUAUUGAGAAGCUGAUUUUAGCUACUUCGGGAUAG